AUGUCAGGAGAUCCGGUGAUGUUGACGUUGGCUGCGGUGAUGGUAGGGCACAGUUACAAACAAAUAAAAACGUCGGUAUCUCGAGAAACCAGCUUCCGGGUCGUUGUUCUUUUAUCGACGACGCUUGUGGUUACACUUGACUACUCCCGGGUCAUGGCAAUUGAGGCAGCCAUCGAUUGCACUCGUCCGCCACUGAAUGUUCAUCCGAAAUACUGCUGCCUAAUGCCACCUCUUUUGGACAAUGUGCUGCUGCAGGGGUGUAAGGAUAUUCACGGUCCCGAAGACCUGAGGCGGGGUGUGAUACACGAGAAAGGCAAUUGCUACAUGGAGUGUGCUAUGAACGCUACCGGCCUUUUAACCAAUGAAGGCCUGGAUCAGGUGAAAAUUCUACUGCUAAUUGGAAGUCGGCUUAGUAGCCAGCCUCGAUUAGCGCAGGCAUUCACAAACGCCGUCACGGUUUGUUUCCAAAGUGCACCACAGUGCAUUGUGGUUAACAAUAGCGGCAGCAGUAUUAAAGGCAAGCAUUGCAGCAGCACUGCGGCUGAUUUCAUCGGUUGUGUGAAUAUGCACUUGUUUAAGAACUGUUUGGAUGAAUACUGGAUCAACAACAGUAACUGCCAUGUACUCCGGAAGUUUAUUCAGGCUUGCCCAGUGCCAACAUAAUAAAGACCCGUUCUACAUAAACCUGUUUAUUUGUAAGUCAUUUAAAAUCGGUAGACAUUAGUGCAGUCGCGGUAUCGCUAAUUGGUUAUGUACACAAAUAAACUCGGCAAAUCUCGUACCACACCCGCAGCAGUUCCU